GUAUAGCUAAGAAGGUUGAGAACGUAACUUAAUCUUUACAUUAAGAUACAAAUAUAGGAUGAAGGGAAAAUGGAGUGUUUAUGAGACACCAAAUCAUAGUAAUGAGGACUAACUUAUCUUCAAAGCUAAGUUUUGGUGAAAGUUUAUGGCAUUUUGGGCUAAGUGGGAGUAAUGAUGAUGCAUCACUCUCAUCCUUCCAUGCUUCUAAAUUGCUCAAUUUCCUAACAUAAUCCCCACCCACCACCCACCACUUUCUCUCUUUCUAUCUAUCUCUCUCCUCCUCCUCCGCCGCCGUCGAACACCAUGCUCCGCCGUCAUCUCCUCCUUCUCCUCCUCUCUUCUUUUGUCUCCGUCGCACUCUCCGCCCAUUGCACCACCGUCACAGCCACCAAAACAUUCCAGAAAUGUAUGAAUCUCCCAACCCAACAGGCCUCCAUUGCUUGGACUUUUCACCCCCACAAUGCUACUUUGGACCUUGUCUUCUUCGGUAAUUUCAUUUCUCCGUCCGGCUGGGUUGGCUGGGGAAUCAACCCCUCUUCGCCGGGGAUGACCGGAGCUCGUGUUCUCAUCGCCUUCUCCGAUCCAAACUCCGGCCAGAUCAUUACACUCCCUUACAUUCUUGACCCGACUGUUAAGUUACAGAGAAGCCCUCUUCUCUCUCGCCCUCUCGACAUCCGUCUUCUUUCCUCCUCCGCCGCUUUAUACGGCGGCAAAAUGGCCACUGUACAUAACGGCGCCGCCGUCCAAAUCUACGCCACUCUGAAACUCACCCCAAACAAAACCAAAAUUCAUUUCAUCUGGAACCGCGGCUUGUACGUCCAAGGCUACUCCCCAACCAUCCAUCCAACAACCUCCGACGACCUCUCAUCAAUCGCAACUCUCGACGUCGCCUCUGGCACCGCCGCAAGCCAGAGCGGUGGAAUCGAGACACUUAGGGUUAUCCACGGCAUCCUAAACGCCGUAUCCUGGGGACUCCUACUCCCAAUCGGCGCCGUCACGGCUCGAUACCUCCGUAACGUACAAGCCCUAGGUCCGGCGUGGUUCUACGCCCACGCCGGAGUCCAACUCGCGGGAUUCGCGCUAGGAACAAUCGGAUUCGUGAUUGGAAUCCGAUUAGGGGAGUUGUCGCCGGGAGUGGAGUAUUCGCUACACAGGAAAUUAGGGAUUGCAGUUUUUACCCUAGGUGGAUUACAGACAUUAGCGCUGCUAUUCAGACCAAAAACAACGAACAAAUUCAGAAAAUACUGGAAAUCGUACCAUCAUUUUGUCGGAUACGCGUGCGUGGUGAUGGGAGUGGUGAACGUGUUCCAAGGAUUCGAGGCGAUGGCGGAGAGUGGAUCGUACGCGAAAUUGGCGUAUUGCCUAGGGCUUUCGACGCUGGUAGGGGUUUGUGUAGCAUUGGAGGUGAAUUCAUGGGUGGUUUUCUGCAGAAAAUCGCAGGAGGAGAAGAUGAGAAGAGAGGGACUGAUCGGAGUUUCAGAGAAGGAAAGUGGAAGCUACAGCUAGAGGAAGAAGAUGAAGACGAAGGAGAGCGACGGUUAACUUUUUUUUUAGUCAAAGCAUUUGGUUUGACUUU